CAUAAAUACAAUCAAAGUUGACUUUACCUCAAACUGACUUUCUGACUUAUUUAUAAUACAGAACUUUGGCUCCAUCCCAUGAAUUUUCCUCUGCAUGCAAAAAUACCAUUUGGAUUUGACUUAACACAAGGUCCAAGAUGGAAGAAGUGGUAGCAGCAGACAAGGCCGAGUUCACAGAAUGCUGGCGCAGAACAACUGAAUCACCUUAUAUCAUGCGCCUUGCUCUUUCUGCUGGCAUUGGAGGUCUCCUCUUUGGUUAUGACACAGGUGUGAUUUCUGGAGCCUUGUUAUACAUUCGUGAUGAAUUUGACCAAGUUGACAAAAGAACAUGGCUCCAAGAAACCAUUGUUAGCAUGGCUGUUGCUGGAGCUAUAAUUGGUGCUGCAUUAGGAGGGUGGAUAAAUGACAAGCUAGGGAGAAAGAAAUCUAUUUUGUCUGCUGAUGUUGUGUUCAUUCUAGGUGCAUUAGUUAUGGCUAUUGCUCCUGCUCCAUGGGUUAUCAUUGUUGGAAGGGUUUUGGUUGGUUUGGGAGUUGGUGCAGCUUCCAUGACUGCGCCUCUAUACAUCUCUGAAGCUUCCCCUGCUAAGAUCAGAGGAGCUUUAGUCAGUAUAAAUGGACUUCUUAUCACCGGCGGUCAAUUUCUGUCUUACCUCAUCAAUUUGGCAUUUACCAAGGUGCCUGGAACCUGGCGUUGGAUGCUUGGGGUGGCAGGAAUUCCCGCCUUGAUACAGUUAAUAUUGAUGUUGUCCCUUCCUGAGUCACCUAGAUGGCUCUACAGACAGAACAAUGUCGAGGAGGCAAGGCGCAUUCUGUCAAAAAUCUACCGUCCUGAUGAAGUUGAAGAGGAGCUGAAAGCCAUGCAAGAAUCCAUUGAAUUAGAGAAAGCAGAGGAAGGCUUAACCGGGCAUAGUCUUGCACAGAAACUAAAGGGUGCCUUGUCUAACAAAGUAGUUCGAAGAGCGCUUUACGCAGGUAUCACAGUCCAAGUUGCUCAGCAGAUUGUUGGUAUUAACACAGUCAUGUAUUACAGUCCAACAAUCGUUCAGUUCGCCGGAAUUGCCUCCAACUCCACAGCACUUGCACUUUCCCUGGUUACUUCUGGUCUGAAUGCUGUUGGCACUAUCUUGAGCAUGGUUUGCAUUGAUAGAUUUGGAAGGAGAAAGUUGAUGCUCAUCUCCAUGAUAGGCAUCAUUGUGUGCCUUGUGACUUUAAGUGUUACAUUCUACCAAGCAGCUCACCAUUCUCCUGCCAUUAGUAACAAGGAUAGCCUUAGCUUUGGGGCAAACUCUACAUGCCAUGAUUACACAAAGGCCCCAGAUUUCUCCUCAUGGAACUGUAUGCAUUGUUUGCAAGUAGAUUGUGCCUUUUGUGCCAGAAGCGAGAGUGAAUUUCUUCCAGGAGCAUGCUUGGCAGCAGAAAAGGGUAUCAGAGGCGCAUGUCGAGCACAAAAUCGUGUAUGGUUUUCAAAGGGUUGUCCAAGCAAAAUUGGGGUCCUUGCAGUUGUGAUCCUUGGAUUGUAUAUCCUAGCAUAUGCUCCUGGAAUGGGAACAGUGCCUUGGGUUCUGAAUUCUGAGAUUUAUCCAUUGAGGUUCAGAGGUCUAGGUGGAGGUAUAGCAGCAGUUUUCAAUUGGUGUGCUAAUCUACUUCUCAGUGAAUCAUUCUUGAGCAUGGUAAAAGCUCUAGGCACUUCUGGCACAUUCCUCGUCUUUGCCGGCUUCUCCUUGAUUGGCCUUGUAUUCAUCUAUGCAUUGGUGCCUGAAACCAAAGGCCUUCAGUUUGAGGAGGUCGAGAAAUUGCUUCAGAAAGGCUUCAAACCUUUCCCCUUUGACAGGAAAAAGGAGGAAGAUAACAAAGCGAAAAAACAAGACUUGGCUUAAUGCACCUACCAAUAUUAAAAGUGUGUCUUGAUUAACUUUAGAAAAAUAUUAUA